AUGGAUGCUUACCAGCUGAACGCUGCCACAAAGAUCCAAAAUAUCGCCACUAUUCUGGAGCUGCAAGCGACUUUGGAAAUGGACGCGAAAACGAAUAGCUCUCCUCCUUUCGUCAGCUGUCAAGGCGUUUUUCGCUCUUGUGUCUCAUCAGUUGACACCCUUGGUGCUGUGGGCAUUGGUGAAGGCUCGUCCUCAUCUGCCUCAGUUGACCUAGGUCCUAAGUCGCCAAAAUCUCAGUGGGCGUCGAAUUGCCGAUUGUUUUUCGUGCGUUUCCUUCACACCCUUGGAACAAUCCCUCGCUUCCUUCUCUGCCGCAACUCGAUAGCGAUCAGAGAACGCGCUUCCGAUAGCACUCAGGAGGAUUGUAUGGGUCCAGAUAUUGAGACCCUGAUCCUCGAAAACCUGCGGAGAAACAAGAUGUCCAUCCAGCUGAAUUCCUGCGUAAUCCCAUCGAAGCCAGAAGACCCACCAGUCGAAGAGUACUUUUUUGAGGGUGCUGAAAAGCUGCUAGAGUUAUGGUUUGGCGGCAAAAUUACAAAAGACGCGUCUCUCCGCCUUAUACCAAGAUUCGAGAUCGAUGCUAUGUUAGACAUUGCCAGAUGCAAGGUGCUACACUCGGCGCAUACCGAUUAUCUUGACAGCUACGUGCUGAGUGAAAGCAGUUUGUUUGUGUCGGAGCGCCGCCUGAUUCUCAAGACUUGCGGCUCAACACGGCUUUUGGCUGCUCUGCCUAGAAUCAUUGAGUUGGCUAGAGACUAUGGCGGCUUUCAGCAGGUGGUCUCGGUUUACUACUCGCGCAAGAACUUCCUUCGUCCCGAGUUGCAGCCCGAGGAGCACCGCUCUUUUGACGCUGAGGUUGAAUACCUAGACGGCUUCUUCCACGAUGGACACGCUUAUUGCAUGGGUUCACUCAAACAGGACCGCUGGUAUCUCUACACUUACCACGUGCCACAGCCGGUCACUAAAGCACCGGACCACACGUUAGAGAUACUUAUGACGGAUAUGGACGACGACGUUUUACAUACAUUCACGAGAAAAGCUUGCGAGGAUGGAAAAGAGUGCACCAAACGUGCUGGAAUUGAUCGUAUAGUACCAAAAGGGACACUAAUCCACGAAGAACUUUUCGAACCGUGUGGGUACAGCAUGAAUGCGUUCUUGCCAAAUUCGGAUCAUUACGCUACAAUCCAUGUGACACCGGAAAAAGAAUUUUCAUUUGCUUCUUUCGAAACCAAUCAAGAUGUUGUUUGCCCUUACAAGCAGACGCUCCAAGUACUCAAGUGCUUCCGUCCCGGCAAACUUUUGAUGACCGUUUUCGCUAACGACACAUCGGUGAAAGGACGCGAUGCUCAGCAGCAACUGUGGGAUCGCGAGUUGCCUGGGUUCAAACGCACAAACGUGCAGUUCAUCAGACUUGAGACAGAAACGCUGGUGUACGCACACUUUGUGAGGAAGGAUGGAACUGAGUCUUCAAGCGAUGAGGACGAUGGUGCGCUCAGCGAAUAGUGUGCUAUCUUCACAACAUCUGGACGAAAAUUGUGCAUUUUGUUUUGUUGCACAGAAACUUAUUAUUUUUGGCUACAUAUCACCACUUUAGUUCCAUCCACAGCACUUUUAUAAGAUCCAUUUUUGUUUCCCGUUAUUAUUAAUUUUAUUUGUUAGUUUAACAUAAUGUUCAGGUAGAUUGCGCGUGGUAUUUAAUAUCGUUAUCCCCUUAGAAAGUAGUGUGAU